UUCCAGACGAGGCCGGGUGUCGGUGGUGGGAGGAUUCAUGGUGUCCCUCCCCUUUGCCCUGAGGGGGCGGGUCAGCGGGCCGUGACGCCAUCAGAGGGCGCCGGAGAAGGGACCGGCGCGGAUUGGAGAUGGAGUCGGUGCUGGCUCUGGGCGGGCUGGUGCUGCUGCGUGACUCCGUGGAGUGGGAGGGGCGCAGUCUCUUGAAGGCGCUGAUCAAGAAGUCUGCACUGUGUGGGGAGCGGGUCCACAUCCUGGGCUGCGAAGUGAGCGAGGACGAGUUCCGUGAAGGUUUUGACGCCAGUGUCAACAGCCGGCUGAUUUACCAUGACCUCUUCAGAGAUCCUCUCAACUGGUCUGGGGAGGCCCUUCCGGGGGGACCCCUGGAAGCCUUGCAAGCCAUGUGCAAGAGGACGGAUCCUGGUCCUGUCACCAUCGCUCUUGAUUCCCUGAGCUGGCUGCUGCUGCACCUUCCCUGUCCCGCACUCUGCCAGGCCCUCUGUGCCCUCAGCCAGCAGCACUCCCGCCCUGGUGGCAGCUCCCCAGUAGAGCCUGUGCGAGUGCUCGGCCUGCUGCACGAAGAGCUCCAUGGCCCAGGCCCGCUGGGAGCCCUGAGCAGCCUGGCCCAGGCUGAAGUGACCCUGAGUGGGACCAUGGGCCAGGCUUCGGCCCACAUCCUCUCUUGGAGGCCCCAACAGCGCCCAGCCCGUCAGACCCAGUGGUUCUCCAUCCUGCCUGACUUCAGCCUGAACCUCCAGGGAGGACCCCCGCUGGAGUCCCAGCCCGACCCAGAGCCUCACACACCCCCGGUGGACCCCACAGCUCACGUGACUUUCAACCUGCACCUGUCCGAGAGCGAGCGAGCAGCCAAAGACAGCCUGACGUUGCCCUUCCAGUUCAGCUCUGAAAAACAGCAGGCUCUGCUGCACCCUGGACCCAGGCAGGCCACCGGCCGCAUCUUCUAUGAGCCAGAUGCAUACGACGACCUGGACCAGGAAGACCCAGAUGAUGACCUGGAUGUCUGACUGGCCUGGAACUGGGAGGAGGAGAAAGACCUUGGACCCAUAACCAUCCUCCCAUUGUUUGCGUUGGCCUUGCCCUGUCCCUGUCCUCACCUUUGUUCCCUGGGUCGCAGAGGCCCUGCCCUGUGACCUGUGAGUCAGAGAGUAGCUUCCCCUCAAGACAAAAGGUGGGAAAGGGGCAGUCGGGGAAGGUGAAGAGAAUGGGAACCCCUCCCCUCCCUGCCUAAUAAAGUAUUUUUCUUUUGAAA